UUUGUGAUUAUUGUUGUUGUUUUAGUUGUUGAAAAUAAGGUUUUUCUUUCAGUUGUUCCGCAAAUUGAAAUAAAUCCUCGAAAAUCUGAGAAAUCCUGAAAACUUGCAAUCGGAAAACAAAUUAUACAUAAAGAAAUUUUCGGUUAGGUAAAAAAUAUUAUUAGAUUUAGUGAAAAUUCAAUUAUCUAUGGACACAAAUGGAAACCACUACCGAGCGAUGUCUGCAACAAUUAAGGCAAAACUUAGAUGAGGAUAAUUUGUGUGUACAGUGUCCGACAUGCGAAACUAAGUUAAGACGGUAUGAAGUAGCCGAACACUGUGAGCAAGAAAUGGAGCGUUUAAAAAAAUUGAAAGCAAACUCCUUAAUAGAAUCAGAGGAUUUAGGAAAAAAAGGGGAAAACGAAGGAGAGGGAUCAUACUCUGAUAUGGAGAGAAAGCCUUGGUCAGUAUUUCAAAGAGUUCAAAGAAAUCGGCAAACGCGUAUGAAGUUACGUUCGCGUAAACGUCCUAGUACAGUGGAGUAUCCUUGUCCUAUGUGCAAUGUAAGUUUUCCAGAAAAUGAAAUCCAAUCGCAUGCUGAAGCUUGCCUUAGACGCAAUAAGUCGAAAGAGGUCAAUGGACGUCGGGAUAGAGAUAGUAAUGAUGAUGAACAUUCCAGCAAUGAGGAGGAGGGUGAAGAGUACGAAGAAUACGAAUGGGCUGGCCAAAAACGUAUCCGUGUCUCAAGUUUACUGCCAGGAGGUUACGCGGCAAUCGGCAUUGGCCAGGGAGUAACAAAUGGUACCACUAGUGGCUCUGCUCAUCAUCAAGAUGACGAGGACGAAGAUCUCAAUGUGGAUGAAGAUGAUACGCAAAUAUACGGCCCCACGCAGUACGGUGAAAACGAUGUAAUAGCGCCAGCAGUCUCUCUGGAGAAUGGCGAAAGCGAUGUUACAUCUUAUAUGAGAAAAUUAAUCACCGGCUCUUCGGCCAAUAAGACAGAGCAUAGUAAAAAUGACACAACUUUUAUUUCGGUUGAUAAUUCUGAAGAAUCUCUAGCUUCUACCUCUAGCACAGCAGUGAUCGCUGAUGCAACUUCACCAGCUCAUUAUCAGCAAAUUAUAGAAUCACUUAAAUUUAAGUUAAGGCAAUAUGAAAAUCAUGUUUCCAGCAAGUACAAGUGUCUGAUUUGCUUGGAUGAUUAUCGUAAUCCAGCUGUUUCAGUGUCGUGUUGGCAUGUGCAUUGCGAGCAAUGCUGGUUGCGUUCAUUAGGAGCUCGAAAACUCUGUCCUCAAUGUAAUCUAAUAACUACUCCUAAAGAUUUAAGACGUAUUUAUAUGUAAACUUUUUAAUUAUAUACCUAUUUUUUAUAUUAAUUGGACCUUCGUACCACAUUAUUGAACUUUUAUUUACUUAUAAUUUGAAUUGUAAGGAUACACAUACAAUUUAUAUGCUACAUAAAAUAUAUAUUACGUAUAGACGUUUUAAUGGAAAAAAAGUCCAUUCGGCGCAUAUUUUCAUUUAUUUUGUGAAUAUUCAAUUCACCAUAAAUUUAUGUACGUGUAAUUCAUGCUUUUUAUGUUCAUCAGUGCAGUUACAAUAA